UCGAUAUUUGCUAAUUCAUCGUUGACGUUGCGCUUAAAUUGUUAUGUUUAUGAGUUUAGUUUGGCUGUGUGAACUAAGCUGUCGUGUUACAGUGGGUUAAACUGUACGGAGUGAUCCAGCGCCUUGUACAUCUUGGAAAUUGUACAACGGUUGAACAUUAUUAAUGGAGAGGAAAAACAUAUGAUUUUUUUUUUAUGGAGAAACUAUUUUGUUAUGAAUUUUGUUUGUUGAUUUAUCAAUUUGAUAGAAGAAAAAAAUACAUAUAUGAUGGCGCAUAAAAGCACUGUCUGUACAAUUUGUACGAAGGACAAUAGAAGCAGGAAUGGAAGCACAUCCGGAGCAUCGGAGAAUGGCGUGCAGCGUCCUGAACGCCCGACACGUGCUAUACCCAACACAUUUUCACCGCGUUCUCUUAUCGUCCAUGCACCAGGUGUGCAGAGUAGGGAAGAGCUGCCACGCCCCAAUGCCCCGGCUCCGCAGGAAGAAAUCGACAAUAGACCCAUUUCACCAUUGUUGGUAAGCAUCAACAACCACAACCAAAAUGGCUUCGUCUAUUUGUACAGAGCACCAAACCUCGUCGAUACAGUCACGACACCUUCUACGACAGGGCCGAUCACUUCACCAAGGCUGAGCGCUGAGUUUCAAAUGCAGCAGGCCGACAUACCAAGGGAGGAGGCAAACGACCUGCCACAGGACCUGAGAUGUCUGUCCGGCUCUGGCCAUCUUGACAUGGGCUUUGGUGCGAGGGAUACGGGCGUCGGAAGGAUGCAACAUGACAGGAUCGUUCCCCGUCCCGCUCCGUACCCUGAGUCAAGGGUCACCGAGUCAGAAGCCGGGAAUUCUUCAAACAGUGUACAGAGGAGUACGCUGCAAGAGUCGGAGCUGCUGAAAGCAGUAUUGGCAGCACUGGAAUGUCCUGUGUGCCGGGACUACGUGACUCCGCCGAUCCGGCUCUGCCUCCUCGGCCACAUGCUCUGCUCGAAUUGCCGUUCGCGCCUUGUCCUCUGCCCCGAGUGUAGGGGACCACUUUCGAACAUACGAGCGCGCGGGCUUGAAAGUAUUGCCGCUGUACUCAACUAUCCUUGUUCGAACCAAGGGUGUCAGGCGGUUGUCCCAUUGACAAUGCAGCCUCAGCACGCCAUCAUGUGUGGCUUCAGGAGGCUCAGCUGUUUCUUCACGGAGGAGAGCGAGUGCCUAUGGCAAGGGUUGAAAAACGACCUCGUUUCCCACUGCCUCGCAUCGCACCCUAAUUCUGUUACCCUUGAACCUUCAUUGAUUUUCAACCUGGAAUUGGGAACAGACAACCGGAAGGAUUUUAUAAUGAAUUGUUUUGAUCAACUUUUCCAUGUUGUUUUCAUGGUAGAAGUAUCGACGAGGUUUGUUUUCGGGACUGUCAGGAGGCUUGGCGAGUUGGAGAAGCUGAAGGACUUUCUUUGGACGAUGACGUGCGAGUCGCCAGGUGCGGAGUCGCCGAAGGCUAAACUUACAUUCAGCAACUUCCCCGAGACAGAGAGCACACCGCACUAUAAGUUCAACCUAGCUAUAACGACACUGUUUCGCUUCUGUUUCACGACACUGAACGAAUUCCUUGUGGACAACGCGCUUACGAUAAACGUGACAGUGUCGAGGACGGGCGGUGAGCAGGUGUCGACACAGUGCCUCAGUGGUUCCCAACCACAUAGAGAACAGCCUCAGGUGAUGGAGUCGUGGGGCGACCGUGUUUCGCCUAGCCGUUGAGAUAUCAAAUAUAUUAUUAAAACUGAUUUUUAAACAAUUUACUGUUGUUUUUUUUAAAUUAUUUAAAAUUUUAUUGUAAUGAAAGCAAGUCUUUGGGGAGGGGGAUUAAACAAUUGAACGUUUGUUUUAUUAUAUUUUAAUUAUACUGCCAUACGCUGUGAAGGGGGGAGGAGGCAAAUUCAAUUGGGAAAUUUUAAAAUUUAUUUUAACUCAUUUACCUAUAAUAAAAAAUUUUGUUUUGUUUAAA